UUUCGAACCAUUUUUUCACACACGGAGACGACUGCAGCGGCGCCGCUCUCACCAACCGCCGUCUCCACCACAUUUUCCACCAGAAGGGUGUUAUUAAGUUGAGAGAUGAAAACUGCUGAUAAUUCCAAAAUGGGUGAAGAUUUCUUCAAAUAUCUACCGUCAGAAAUCAUCGUAUUAAAUAUCUUCUCAAGACUCCCCACUCGAGCAGCUAUGGCCUGCAAGUGUGUUUGUAAGCCAUGGCUCGGUAUGCUCACUACUCCUGAGUUUGUGAAUUUGCAUAUGUCUAGAUCAGUCCCGACCAUUGCUAUUGAAACACACUCAAAGUGUUACGAUAUCAUUGAAUUUGGGGACGAGCUUGACCUCAACUUUGAUGAACCAAUUCCAUGUGGUGUAGACUACCUCUUCUUACUCUGUUUUGAUGGACCAAUUCAUAGUAUGCCUAAUGAUUUUGAUAAGGAGCAUCGUUGGGACGUAACCUUCAACUUCCGUCUCCCUUUUGGUGGACCAAUUCGUAGUUCUGCUAAUGGUUUGAUCUUUCUAAGAGAAUUUGAUCGUAAUGAUGAUCUUAUCCUGUGCAAUCCAGUCACACGUGACUAUCUCAAGCUCCCUUUUCCUCAACAAACCUCUCCAAAAGUUCCGAAUGCCAUGGAUAAUUUUGGAUUUGGAGUGAGUGGAACGACUGGACAAUAUAAGGUGGUCAGGAUUUUCGCUGAAACACCACAACGACGAGAGGGUUUCAGAAAUUCUUGCCAAGUCUACACAGUUGGAACCGGAUCGUGGAGAAAUGUUCCCUUUGGUAAGCCGCUCAGGGUUUGUGACGACAUUGGAGGGGUACAUCUAAAUGGAAAUCUUUAUUGGAUGGUAGCGAAAACAACAAGAGGCUUUUGUAGAUGGAUUUCUUGCUUUGAUCUUGAAAUGGAACUUUUUAGCACCUUCGCUGCACCUCCUCCUCGUGGUAGAGAUUUUCUCUACGGUAGGUCACUCUGUGUUUUGAGGGGUUGCCUUUGUGUAAGCGACAUUUCACACAAUGGGCGCGAUGAGAACGACAAUCCAAAUGAUGGGCAUGUUAUAAUAUGGAUGUUGAAGGGAGAUGACAACAGUUGGACAAAGAUAUUUUUCAUCACCGGACUUGAACGAUCUGCUGGUUUAGGUAAUGUUUGGCCGAUUAUAAUUUUAAAAAAUGGCGAUGCAUUGAUAGAAUGGGACGAUGGCAUGAUAUUCUUCUACUCCCACAAGAGGAGAAAGUUUGACUGCGAGAUCAUGUCUCUAGACGGUCGUGAACCGUUCACCUCUACGAUCAUGUAUGCCCCGAGCUUUGUCUCUCUCAAGAGUUUUGCGACGGAGAAUGUAAGCUCAUUUUGAGUUGUGACUCUGUAGUUUCUUUCAUGUGUGAUGGUGAAAUGCAUGAAUGCUACCUCUUUUGCCAAGAUAAUAGUAUUACUAGUUAGUUUCUUGGGAUUAGGCCUAAAACCAUUUGGUAUUGUGCUUUGCAGAAAUUGUUGUUAUACAUGCCAAAUGUACCAAAUUAUUUUUUGUGGAAUGGAUUAGGGAUUAGGCCUAAAUUCAAUAUUGUAAUAUUAGGAUUUCAUAAUGAAGACUUGCAUUGAUGU